GUUAAGCAGCCCGGAAACCAAAGGGGAGCAUUCAAAGCGAUGAAUUCCUGGCACCCAUCGCCUUGUUGGCUGUUUUUUGGAUUUGGCACCCAGACUUGAAGUCGGGGACUCGAGUCCGGCGGACCCUUUAGACGAUCCGCCAUGCCCUUUGUGCAGAUCUCCCCUGCUUCCGGCGGUCACCAGGUUUACUACCGGCUCUACCCGGAGGGCGGUGCCAAUGCCUCCAAUGGCCGGCCUAAGGUGCUUCUGCUGAUGGGUCUGGGAGGCAUCCACGGUCUCUGGAAGUUUCAGUCGGAGUUCCUGCAGCAGUUUUGCGAUGUGUGCGCCCUAGACAAUCGCGGCACCGGGUACUCAGCCCAGCCGCGGGGUGAGAUGCGCUGGACCACAGCGCGCAUGGCGGCGGACUCCUUGGCGGUGAUGGACCACUUGGGCUGGGAGAAGGUCCACAUCGUUGGCAUCAGCAUGGGGGGCAUGAUCGCCCAGGAGCUGGCCAUCCUCGCGCCAGAGAGGACCGCCUCCUUGGCGUUGUUGGCCACCUACUCCUCAGCACGCCUGGCUUUGCCCACCGUGAAGGCCUUGCUGGACCUUCUGCGGUCCACCGGGUGGUUGACAAGGGACAUGAAGGAGAUGGCCCGUGCGUCCAUGCGCCUGAACUUCCCAGAGGACUGGCUGGUGCAGACCCAGAGCUCCGAGCUGCAUGAGGGGAAGGAGGUGACCCACCAAAGGUGGGUGAACAAAGCCUUCAUUUUGAUGGCCCUGGAGGUGCCUCCGGAGCUCAAGAGCAAGGGCUUCAAGCCGCCCCCGCGCACGCACCCCGACGAGAUGGCCAAGCAGCUCACGGCAGUCUUGACCCACCACGUGGGCAAAGGCCGCUGCGCCGAGCUGCGGAGGCGGAAGGUGCCGGUGCUGGUCCUGACCGGCAGCCAGGACUGCCUGGUGCGGCCGGUGAACUCCACCAUCAUCGCGGAGCAUUUCGAUACCCAGGUGCAUGUGCUAGAUGGUGUCGGCCACGGCCUGAUCUUCCAAGAUGCGGAUGCGGUGAACCGGCUGCUGGAGAGCAACAUCCGCGCGGGCGAGCGACAUUCGCCGCCAGAGGUGACGUCGAAACUCUGAGGCGCGAGGUUUGGCGAGCGCUGCUUUGCCGCUGGCAAACUGCGCUUCCGAGGA